AUGGCCAUCAUCGCCAACUACAUCAUCGAUGCGACCGGCGAAGUCACGCUCGUCCUCCACGCAAAUCUGACUUCAUUCCCUGCUCCUGACAAUGCCUCUCCCGAACUACCUUCAUCGACCGCGAAUCCCGACCAGUCCCUCAAGAACAUCGAAGCGCGCAUCCAAGUCUCUGCUAAGCACCUCCAGCUCGCCUCGCCCGUGUUCGACCGGCAGCUGACCAGCAGCUUCACUGAGGCCCAUGAUCUACAGCGCAGCGGAAAGGUGGAAAUCACGGUGGAAGGCUGGGACUUGGAGGCGUUGCUGAUUCUGUUGCGCAUCAUCCACGGGCGCAACAACCGAGUGCCCCACCUCGUUUCCUUAUCGCUGUGUGCUCGCAUCGCCGUGCUGGUCGACUACUACGCCUGUCAGGAGGCUGUCCAGGUGCACCUCCGCCUCUGGAAGUCGCAUCUCGAGACCCAAAUCCCUACCGGCUACAAUGCGACCGAGACCCUCGAGUGGAUCUGGGUGUCGUACUUCUUUGAAAUGAGCCGGGUUUUUGACCAGGUCACCCUCCUGGAAAUCCGACAUGGAGAUCAACAUAUGGAGUCGAGUGAAUUCCCGGUGAAAGCGAGUAUCGUGGACGCAAUCAAUACCCACCGAGAGAAGUCCAUCGCCGGUGUGCUUAACCUCAUCGCCCGAUGGAGAGACGGGCUGCGUCAGGGCUUGUUCGGCUGCACUUUCGAAUGUCGCUGCGUCGAUCUGGGGGCCCUCGAACAAAGCCUCUUCGGAGCCAACCUGCAUAAUCCUCCCACCACUCCGUUCGCCGGUUGGAGCUUCGAGUCCCUCAUCACUCACGUCAAGGCCUUUCCCAAGCCAUCCUCGCGCUGCAAUCUCCUGAGCUAUCUUGACCAUGACAAAUGUGACGCGAUCCCGAAGAUUGUGCAGGAGGUGGAGGCCCUUAGCUCUGAAAUGCAGGGGUUGGAUCUGACUACCUACAAGUAA